UUAUUAACGUCUAGUUAUACAUGUCAAUAUUACGUCGUGUUUUUCCAACUUUUGCGCAAUCAGUUUGCAGUCCGAUAGUUUCAUAUUUGAAUAAAGUCAAAUAUACUGCAAAGAUGUCUAAAAAAACGGCACUGUUGUUAAUAGCUGAUGGUUCUGAAGAAAUGGAAGCAGUAAUAACAACGGAUGUUUUACGACGAGUUGGAAUUGAUGUUACUGUUGCUGGUCUUACUGAAAACCCAUGUGUCAAAUGCAGCCGCGAUGUAAAAAUAUGUGUUGAUGCAAAACUUUCAGAUGCAGUUAAUCAAAAAUAUGAUGUUGUAAUAUUGCCUGGUGGUCUGAAUGGUUCAAAGGCAUUCGCAAAUUCUUCAGAAGUAGGGAAAUUAUUACAACAGCAAGAACAAGAAAACAGACUUAUUGCUGCUAUUUGUGCUGCACCAACUGCAUUAAAGAUUCAUGGUAUUGCAAAAGGAAAGAAGAUCACCUCUUAUCCUGCAAUGAAAGAUCAACUAACAGAUUAUUAUAAAUAUUUGGAAGAUAAAGUUGUAAUCGAUGGCAACUUGAUUACAAGCAGAGGUCCGGCAACUGCAUUUGCUUUUAGUUUAGCUAUUGCUGAAAAAUUGAUUGAUAAACAAACAGCAGAUGACACAGCAAAAGCUAUGUUGUAUAGAAAUUAAAAUAUCCUUACAUAAGCACAUUAUGUAUAUUAUAUGCUACUCACAGUGGAUAAUUAUGUUUAUGUUGUUUAUUCAAAUUUAAUAAAUCAAUAUACAUUAUUA